GCGAUGUGUACGCGUCAUCCUGUUGAUUUCGGUGUGAAAAUUGAUCGUCGGAGAUUUCCUCGCUCGUCCCGAAGAUUUUCGAGGUCGGGAGACGAUGCCAAAUUUAAUUAAAUCUCCGAAUCCUAGUGCGGAGUUUCGUUAACAUCAACGUGUUGAAAUUUCAACGUUUACUGGGACGCAAGUUUAAAAGGCGCGAAAUUAAACCCGGAGAGCGCGUUCACGUCAUGUGUCUACAUACGCAUCUCGUCCCGCGCAAACAUUUAUCAACGCCUCUCUAACAUAGUAAACUGAUUUAUUGGAAGCGAUUAAUAGCGGUUUCCUAACAGCCGUUCAAUGGCGGCGCCUGUGAUAACGGUAAGUCGCAAUAAACGCGUUCGGUUAAUUUACGGCAAUGAAGUAUAUCGAUCUCGCGACCUGUGUCAGUGCAAUCUGCGCGUUUACGAUGGCGCGGCUAUAUAGAUAAAACGCUUCUCGGCUUUAUUAACUGUUAACACGUGCAUCAAGAUAGGAAAAAUUAAAAUUACUUUCCUCUUCUCACGACAUUAAGCGUGCGCUUGAAAUGAAAAUGUAAAAUUAAAUAAAAUGCAUAAUUGUUUCCUCAACGGCUUCGAGAGUAUUUUUCAAAAACAUCAUUGCGACUAUUACUCAUAUAUUAAUAGCUCGGGCAGAAUUAGUCACACAAAAAUUAUGAAUUCUACUUCUAAAAAAAGCGAUUACUCAAUUUUUCUGCCGAUAUUUAAAAGAGGAAAAGUAAAAAUUGAGUAAUCGCCUCUCUUGGCACGAGAAUAUUUUUCCGCGUGAUGGUUUAAAAUAUAAUGAUCGACAAUCAAAUGCCAGCGCUGCAUACGCAACAAGUAAAUAUAGCGAUGACAAUCUGCGUCUGCAUGCUCCCCCGUCUUCGAUUCAUCGUAAGCGCAAAUCUAUACCACGAGAAACUCCCACGUCAUUUUAGGAAAUCCCUCGGAUAGUUGGCAAAAAUCGCCAUUGUACUUCGGUCGAUCCGCAGCUUCCGCAUCAGUGGGAUCUCACUAAUGCGUAUAACGGAUUGCUCCCGCGUUGUCGCGAUCGUAAUAACAGCGCGCGCGAUAAUUGUUCAAUUAUCGUCGCGGAACACUAUAUUAAUGCGUGACGGCUGAUGAUUAUCGGCAAAACGCGGACGCGCGCCUGGCAUCGCAUUUUGCUAUCGCAAUACCGAUCUCUCCGAGUUACGAAUUACAUGCGAGCGGCGUCGUGAGGAUUACGUCGUACCGUUGACGCAUAGGCGAUUAUGAAACUGACGUGCGUGUCCCGCCACACCAUUCUGAAAUAAUCAGAUUCCUGCCCCUAGAUUAACAGACGCUUUUGGCGAAAUGCGUUUAACCAGGAAGUAGUCACCUGGGAAGUUUCUUACGUCUUAGCAGCGAGAAAAUAAAGUACUUACUCCAUACAGUAAUUGCCGAUCCGUUCUUUUUUUUUCCAUUUUUUCCUUAUCUUUUUGAAAAAUAUUGAAUAUAUAAAUUUUAAUAUGCAUAAUGAUCUCAAAUAAAUUAUUAAACGGAUGAUCGUUGACACGAGAAAACUAGAUGACUAUUCUAUUUUCGGGUUAAUAAAAUGUACGUUUCUUAUAUCAAUUUCUAUCUACAUUUUCAUGCCGAUUUCCGCGGCGAGAGAUUCCGUUGUCAGUUCGACGUCGUCGGGGCCACGACGGACGGCGUCCCCGAUAAACACGCCGCGAUAAUGUUAAUAGAAUUUUACCUCUCGGUGUGUGACCCACAUCUCGCCCCGUUUGAUAACGGCCUUUUCAUUAACGCGGGAUUAGCGCGGGAUUUAUCCGCGCCGCGGUCCGUUCAUCAAAAGAUGUUUACUUUCCGUCGCGACGCGCGUCGGGGAAGAUUAUUAAUACGCUCGGCUCAAAGUAGAACAGAAUCGUCGAGAUGGGACUUCUUACAGUCGCCGUAUCGUUUUGAUGAUGCAACUGCACCAUGAGAGUUUUAAUUGCGCCCGUAAAUUUCGCCGGCGUCGGCUGUGACUGCAGCGGCAGAAGGAUCAACGGAAGGCAGCUUACAGCUUGAAAAUUAAUAUCGAACCUAGCUGCCAUUGUAGAUUGCGCGUUGCACCGCCCGAGGGAAGAAGGAAGCAACGUCGUUUUUAGGGUGCCUCUCGUAACGUUUCGCGUGCUUUCUUGCAUCACGAGCUGAUAUCACAGAUUGCGUUCUAAUUGGAUGCGUGCAACGCAAUUGCGCGUGUUGCUUUUAGCCAACACCCAGCGGGGGAGGAAAACACCGAGGGCUUUUUCGAUCGCGGAAAUAGGGAUGCCGUCACACACGGCACAGUUACGGUGCGCGUGUUCCUCGCGAUGCGUCGCGCGGUACAUUGACGCCAAUUCGAGAGCUCGACUCUCGAGGAUACGCUCCUCCGAUAAUGGCCGAAAUACUAAUGUCUGAUAUAAUGACUGUACAGGGCACUUAACGUGAUCCAAAUACUUGCAUCCGUGACGUAACCGCAUCGCGUCCACGUGCCGUCAGCGAGUUGAUCUUGCGCGACCGCGAAUCUCCUUGAGCACGAUUUCCAGAAUUUACAUCAAUGGGAAUUCUCCCGCGCGUUCCCCAGUUCUCCUCGCAGCAUCCCUCGUUUCUGAGUGGCGGAUUGUUAGUGGAUAUGAUGAAGAGAGCAACGCAGACCAAACAGUACGCGGAAUUGGAUCACGCGAUGAGAACGAAGGUCGAGCCGUUUUUGUACAACAAGGGAAAGGGCAAAUGGAUACCUGUAGAAAAAUUAGUCCUCCUACGAAAUAAGGACCGUCCGCGGCAUAAAAUGCUGCCACCCUUGAAAGCCAUGGAGAAUCCAGCUGAUUACGAUAUCGAUAAGGACAUGGGCGACGAGGAAGUCGACGAAACCAAAAUAGAUAAAAGCAAAUAUAGGCUGGUGUGUUGGAAUUUGAGCGACAGAGGUGCCGUCGGCGAAACUAUUUUGCAUCUGUGCAUGUUGAACGCGACUGCCAUCCACGCUGAUUUGGCAAGACGACUGUUGCGUUUCUAUCCGCUGCUUAUAUACGACAUUUAUUUGUGCGACGAGUAUUACGGGGAGAAUGUCUUGCACAUCGCUAUCGUGAACGAGGAUCCGUCGAUGGUCAAGUUUCUUCUCGACAGCGGAGCGGACGAUCCGCUCAUUAUUCACGAGAGGUGUUGCGGCACCUUCAUGUGCCCGGAAGAUCAGAAGGCGUCGAGAUUUGACAGUUUAGAUCACGAGUGGGUGUGCGUCUCACCGGAAACCGAUUACAAUGGCUAUGUGUACUGGGGAGAGUAUCCGUUGAGUUUCGCCGCGUGUCUCGGUCAGGAAGAAUGUUACAGGCUUAUACUGGCCAGAGGCGCGGAUCCUGAUAAGCAGGACACGAAUGGCAACACCGUUAUGCAUAUGCUGGUGAUAUACGAGAAAGUGGCCACGUUCGAUAUGGCAUAUGAAGUAGGGGCUUCCCUCGACCUAAGAAACGUCCAACACUUGACUCCGUUGACCUUAGCUGCAAAAUUGGCCAAGAUCGAGAUAUUCUUUCACAUCCUGAACAUCGAGAGAGAGAUAUACUGGCAAAUCGGUAGCAUAACUUGCGCAGCCUACCCUUUAUCGCAAAUAGAUACGAUCGAUGUUAAUAUAGGAACAAUUAACAAGAACUCUGCCCUGAAUCUGGUUGUUUUUGGCGAAAAAGAUGAACAUUUAGAAUUGAUGGACGGUGUGCUAGUUGAUCUUCUAAACGCCAAAUGGAACACUUUUGUCAAAUCCCGGUACAUAAAAAAAUUUUACCGUCAGUUCUUUCUCUUCUGUUUCUACUUCGUGCUCUCGCUAAUCAGCUUCACCCUUCGCCCUGGCCCGUCGACCAUGGAAGAGGACGAAAACGCGAACGAUACGUCUACGAGAACAAAUUCUUCAAAUAUAACAGAACACGUGAUUCUCAAGUCCCUUCAAAGCGCAGAUCUAUCUGAAUUGGUUACGAAUAGCCUCGUCGCGGCUUUUACCUCAAAUUUCAAGUCAUCCUUAAACAUGACGCAGGAAUCAUUGGAGAAGAUCCAGCUGCAAAUAACGUCGAACAUCACGUUGGCCCUGAAGAGCAUUUUGCUCUUCGACAAUGAGGCCAUUCUAAGUCCUCCCGACGAGACCACCAUUCAUACGCUGUGGUAUAAUGAUAGUCCUUCAAAUACGUCGGACUAUUUCACGGAUAUGUAUAACAAAACCGUCGCAGCCAAUAAGAAUUCGACUACCAAGACGAUCAUUGACAACGUGCUAAAAUUUAAUCACGAGUUAUGGUGGGACGACAUCACUGAGGAGUGCAGGCUGAUGCAACUGACAGAAACAAGUGCGAAGAUUCGUCUAACUGCGGAAAUUUUUAUGUAUAUCGGCGCAGUGCUCUACAUCUUGGCCGCGUUGCGGGAGGCGCGAUUCUUAGGUCUCAAUAUGUUCAUCGAAAAUCUCGCGACGGCGCCGUCACGCGUGAUGUUUCUAUUCUCGUGCUGCAUCCUGCUGUCGUUCCCGUUUCUACGAUUUGUCUGCGCGGAUGAGGUCGAAGACAUACUGGCGGUGGUGGUGAUGCUGACCACGGCGCCGUACUUUCUGUUCUUCUGCCGGGGCUUCAAGACGGUUGGACCGUUCGUCGUGAUGAUUUACAGGAUGAUCAUGGGCGACCUCCUCAGAUUCGUCUCCAUCUACCUCGUCUUUGUUAUGGGGUUCUCCCAAGCGUACUACAUCAUAUUCCUGUCGUUCGACAAUCCAAACACACCGGAGGGCGUCGACGACUCAAUGACGAAUCCGAUGCCGUCGCCGAUGGAGAGCGUCAUGGCGAUGUUCCUGAUGAGCAUGACGAAUUUCGGAGAUUACUUCGGCGCGUUUGAAAGGACCGAGCACGAGUUCGAGGCCAAGCUGCUGUUCGUGAUGUACAUGGCGAUCGUGGCGAUCCUGCUCGUUAACAUGUUGAUCGCUAUGAUGGGUAACACUUACCAGAAGAUCGCUGAAACCAGGAAUGAAUGGCAACGGCAAUGGGCGCGCAUAGUUUUGGUUGUAGAGAGAGGCGUGAGUCCCGCUGAAAGACUAAAAAAGUUGAUGGACUAUUCUCAGCCCAUGUCCGACGGUCGUCGAGCGUUGGUUCUUCGAUUACAUCAAACUGAGGAGGACAAGGAGGAGAUGAAGGAGAUACUCGAGAUGAAGAGAACUCACGAUAGAUUGCUAAAGAAAAGACAAAAUAGGAUGUCAAAAGAAAAGAUUAUAUCUUAAGCAGGAAAGCCAUUAGAAGAAAUGAGCAUCUAGCUUAUCUCGAACUCUAUUUAUAUGUUUUAUUUCAAAUAAUUGUUAUUUAAUUUAUUCAGUAUUUCUAGUUACACAAAAUAAUUUUGUACGAAUUACAAGGAAAUAAAAAGAUUGCGAUGUAGCAAGUAUAAAGUAAUUGUAAUCAAUAGAUCGAGCUGAUACCGUAGUUUCCAUGACAACAAAAUAUCGUGUUAUCAUGUCGGACUGUCGUAGAACUCGAGCGGAGAACGUACUUAAAGAAAAAAAGGCAAUGAGUGUGUUAAAAGCACCGAUAGAUUAUAAAAACUUGGAAGAGGAACUUCACGCGGCUCUCGCAGCCGACGAAUUGUAUAAAUUACAAAACGAUGCUAAGAUUCGAGCGAUUGAACAAUCGGUGCCGACAUACGAGCACUUCAGGCAGAUGGUGACUGCAAAUUUUAUUAUUUUUGUUGUCAUAUAAUCGAGAAAUUUUAACAA